AUGGCGAGGCUGGUAGCGAUGAUGGGGGCUUUACUCGUGAUAACCGUUGGUCGUUCAGGUAAGUGUGUGAUAACACAUUGUAAAUAAGUGUGGCGACUGUGGAUUCUUCUCAAUUCUCCUGGAUGCUCGCGUUGUUUUGAUUGCCUGAUCCUGCUUAAGACUUGUGUCAAAUUUCCAAAAACAUUUGUGCUCGGUUUAGAUCUAGCAGAUAACGCAAGCGCAGCGAUUUUCGUGAUCUUUGCCACACCUUUUGUAAGGUUCAAAUGUUUUCAAUACCGUUUACCUGCAACGUUGAGCAUUCAUAUUUCAGCUUUGUUUUUGCGCUCUAUUUAUAAACGAUAGCCGACAUAAACAACCCCACAUGUUCUCCACCAUAGCCUAAAAUUUGAGAGCACAAAAUUUCGCCAGACGAUUAAGACGCGCUUAUCGCGAAACUGAGUAUUAACGGGAGCUAACGGGCGCUUUUCCAAAGUUGUCCUUCGCGCCUAAACGAACGUUCAACUUCAGCGUGAUCGUAAACAUCAAUAUACCCUCCAGGCUCUGUAUUGUAAGGGAAUGUACAUUCUGUUCAGUGGUGCACAGCAUAAAACCCUCGUAGGGUGUAGACUUUGCCUUCCUUCCUACUGCGUUUUUAAAACUGUUGAGUCAUUCAUAGUAAAACAAAUUUUGAUCAAUUCGGAACCUAGGUGAAUACAUUACCACACGCGGUCUUGUUCCAAAAUCCUUUCUUUGUCUAGUUUAAUUUUGGAGAGCGAGGUGGAUAAGGAUACACGUUUUUGUCGCGUUAAAAUCGGCGAGUUAAUACACAAUAACAAUCAUUAAGUGAACAAGAACUUUCUUCUUGAAUGUCACUUGCGAUCAAUUCUACGGCCGAUACUGUUGUGAAAUUCCACUGUUUACCAAAUAGUGCGAGAGACAAGAAGACAUUGUUCAGGGUAGCGAUUUUGUUCAUUUUUAUAGGACCAGAGAGCUUGGGAUAGACUUUUUUUUAUUAUUACUCAUAAAACAGAAGUUGGUUCAACACAUGAAAUAAAAGAUACACUCAAGAAUAAAGUCUAUCAUGAUCUCAUAACUUAAGCAGCUAGCAUUGAGCGUAGUAGACAAUACUUUAGUCACGUAUUUCGUAAUAUUCCUUUCGCUUCAUCGAACGCAAUGCUGUAAAGAAUAUUGACACUGAAGAGAAAAAAAUGGAAAUUCACUCGUUCCUUUACAAUAUUUACGAUAUAGUUAUUUUUGUACAUCAUGCAAAGUGCAAUGAUAGAACUGUCAUCUCUUUAAGUACAAGGAUUAAGUUCCCAAAGACGGGCGCUUUGAUUACUUUCGAAAACAGCGAUUUCCAUUGAAGCUUAUCUCGAUGGAAGCAACUGAAGCAUGCCAUGGUUGUUUUUCACUUUCUAACUAGAAACACGCGUGACACGAACGAAAUAUUUGUUUCAGCUGCACGUAGGGAAAAUGACUCAACCCCAUUGUUUUUUUGAGGAAUGAAAUAUCUAUUAAGUGGGUGUACCUGCAGCUUGGAACUGACAAAAUUUACUAAAUUCAUCAACAAAACUUAUGAAGAAAAAAAGAAUACAAAUAAGACCAGAAAAGUCAUUUUUCACUACAAAUUACUAUGCCUUCUGAGCCCUGAAGCACAUAAAACUAAAAUCUGUUGUUUCAUAUCUCUGCUCUUUGGCUGACGUGACGAAGGGACUCAAACUUUGCGUACCAAAAAAAAGUAUGUAUAUUAGUCGUCAAUUUUUGAAUUCCUUCGAUAUUUCCGUCUUCACUAAUCUUGCAUGAAGGAAUAAAUUCUAUUUAAUUCUAAUUGUAUUUUGCUACUUUUUCUAAUCCAUUAACAUGCCCAAAGCUUAAUUUACAAAAAGCCACACGAAUUGCAAUUGUCCGCUGAAGUCGUUUUGCGAUAUUGCAGCGAAUAUUUUGCGUAAAAAGCUGUCAAAUUUGUCACUGGGGUAGUAUAAAAACUGCAUUAAAAAACAAUGAUUACAAAUGUUGCUCAGCCACACGACAUUUGUGAAUAGGGGAAAACAAGUGAAAUAUUUAGCGCGUUCAUGUUGUUAGAUCACCGAAAACAAAUUAUAACGCGCGCUGUUUAGCAAUAUUCUUAGAAAGUUCAGAGAUUUUCGAAUUUUAAAUUUGUUAAAAGUCUGAAUAGCACUGAUUCUAAACAGAUUGUCGGGAAAAAAUGAAUUUUCUUUUAAUCCGUGACCUGCUAGGUAAAAUGAAGAAAUGGAGAUGAUAAUAUUUUUGUUUUAAUAGACUGCAGGUCAUGUAUUGGGAAUGCAAAUUUUAAUUAUUGAAAACAACAGACGCUGGGAUAAAAACAAUGUUUAGUUGAAAAGAAAGAUGGAGAAAAAGAAUUAGUAUCUUUUCGAGGACCAAUACUAUGAGCAUAUUAUAAAAGUUGUAGCCUCCAAGGUAUGGAAUGAGAUAUCUUGGAAUCGUAUGAGAAUUAUCAGAAAAUAAAUUUUGUCAUAAUAUGUAGUUUUGUCUGAAAGACAGGAUGUUGAAACCACGCUUUAGCCAUAAGAGGGGGAGGGGGGGAAUUUUUUAGUCUUGUUCAGAUAGGUAAUAUGAAAAGUUGCAGAGGAAAGCAGGGCUGUCAUUAAGGGUGGGGGACUGGGGUUUUUCCCCGGCUGGCUACUUUCAUCCAGGACUUCCAUAAAAAGAAAAAUGUAGAACAAAAAGAAAUCCUAGGUGUUUGAUUCCACGCGUAGUUAAUGUAAUCACCCUGAAAUCUUAUUGACAAAUUACACAAAGGUGAGGAUAAUACAGUCCCAGACACAAACACUGAAAGUACAGGGUAGAAGGUUUUAAUUCCCACCAUACCCUGACCACAAACUAGAGUAUCCUGCCAGGGUGCAAAAAAAAUCUUUUUUACAGCUUGCCAUUCGGGCAAGCUGAAGCUAACAAUUUACUAGCCCAGACGUCAUUUCAACUAGCCUCAAAAGCUGUUUGAAGAGCAGAAUAAUAUUGAUCUCACGGUUCGUCUGUUAUUCGAAUUCCUCAAAAAAGAUCACUUGCCCAUCAGGCAAGUUAAAAACAGAAUUCACUAGCCCGAUAGCAAAAUCCACUAGCCCCGGGCUAUCGGACACCACUUUCUUUGUAUGCUGCCUGCCCUCACNUUAAUUCCCACCAUACCCUGACCACAAACUAGAGUAUCCUGCCAGGGUGCAAAAAAAAUCUUUUUUACAGCUUGCCAUUCGGGCAAGCUGAAGCUAACAAUUUACUAGCCCAGACGUCAUUUCAACUAGCCUCAAAAGCUGUUUGAAGAGCAGAAUAAUAUUGAUCUCACGGUUCGUCUGUUAUUCGAAUUCCUCAAAAAAGAUCACUUGCCCAUCAGGCAAGUUAAAAACAGAAUUCACUAGCCCGAUAGCAAAAUCCACUAGCCCCGGGCUAUCGGACACCACUUUCUUUGUAUGCUGCCUGCCCUCACCACAAACUAGAGUAAUAAUGAGACUCAAGGCUCCGAAAAAAGUCACGUGUUUGCAAAAUAAUUGUCUGUGCAUCAGUUGAAUUUCAAAAAUAAUGAUUCAGUUUUGUUAUUUAAGACUACAUUAAUUUUAGACAUUGAAACUGUUCCUGUAGUCAGUUAUCAUGGAUGAUGGUCGAGGAUCGACAUGGAUUAAAACUUGAAAAAAAAAAAGGUCAAUUUCAGAGAUACCAACCUCUGGAGAUCUAAAAUCUGGUGACUCUCUCUUUUUCACUACCCUACCCCCCGGAAAUUCAAUGAACCCCCACUCCCCAACCCCGACAAAUAUGGGAAUCAGACUUAGGACAUUAUAUGAAGUCUUACUUGAAAAUUUGCGGUCAUCGUUUUGAUGCCAGAAAUAACCUUUCUCAGUGACUAAAUCGGUGCAAGAAUGCCCCAGAAACCGUACUACGAAUAAGAAAAUUUCAAGUUUUGAGCUAAAAAUGGGCUAAAUCUCAAACUAAAGUACAGAAAAGCUCAAAAGAUGACUUUAUUCGGGAGACAUGGUGACCUGUGCAGGAGACCGGGAGAUUGGUGUCGUAUCUGGGAAACUCCUGGAUAAUCCAGGAGAGUUGGCAUGUAUACAAUUCUUCAAGUUUUUAUGCUAUGUCUGCAAAAGUCACCAUGUCAGGUGAGGUCAUGACAGGGAAAUCUCAGACCAAAGCGUUGAGGCGUUGAUGUAUUGACCGUGCCAUAGCGAGGUCAAUACAUCAAGGCUGAGUCUGAGAUUUCCCUGUAAUGACUGAAUGGAUGAGGUUAAUAAUUUAUUUAUCACAUGGCCUUUUCUUUGACAAAUGUGAGAAAUUGUGGAUCUGAGCCUGUGGUCAAUUAAAACCAAUAACUGGUCAGCGGAUAUCUUUAAUGAGUUGUUCAUUUGAGCCAGUCUGCACAGUCAUGUGACACUGGUCAGCGGAUACCCUUUUCGCCAUCUGUCAAUUGCCCAUAACAUGGAUGUCCACCGUCAAGUUAAAGACAGAUGGUACACUGUAUUUGCCUUGGACAAGUAGCUAGUAAGGCCUGGUCAUUACAACAAAGUCUGGCCCGUUUAGCAGCCAAUCAGAGUGCGUGUACUAUUGUAGCCAUUUAAUAGAGUAUCUUCUCUCUUCAUUCCUUGUAGAUGGAACAGUUACAUUACCAUUUACAGAAAGAGAAUACGCGACAGGAAGGGAUCCAAAAGUGGCUUGCAGUGUAACAGGAGAAACCUUUGUUUCUUGGUUAACACCCUCAGGUCAGACAAUCACAACCUCAUCGACCACGGGGAGAAUUACAGUUACAGUGACUGGAGAUACGUAUACACUGAAUAUAGAUUCUGUAACAGCUCAAGAUGGAGGCGAAUACCGAUGUCAAGGCUCGUUAAAUUCAGGCGUUUUUACCCUAAAUGUUAAUUGUAAGUAUCUGACAAAUUAGACUUAGGGGCAGUGUACCCAAUGGUGGUUUCCUCCUAAAUGCAUUGAAAUGUCUACCGGUAUUUAGGGUAUCUAGAGUACUUUUAGAUCUCUAGAAAUGCAUUCUAAGUGGCGCUAUAAAAUUUUUAAUCUGCUUGGUCAUCUUAGGGAAACUUGAGGUUUUUCGAAAUUACAAGGGCUUCAGUGUUAUUUUCCCCAAAAUUUUAAGAUGCAAUUGAACGUUUUGCGAAAGAGGGAAGUUUUCUUAUUCCUCUCUCCAUCAGGGUUGCCGGAAAGUUUUGAAGUAGAUGGCUGAGUUGUCAAAGUAAGCGGCCAGCCCAGGGAUAUUUUAUUUAAAAAACGCCAUCUGUAAAGAAGUGCCAAACAGAGUAGCCAGCCAAUACUAACCAAAUAGGCGGCGAUUUUCGCCGGCAGCCGGCUACUUUUGACAACCCUGCUCCAUUACAUUUUUUAGUCCAAAAAUUUUAGGUUUCUUUAUCCUACUAAAAUUAGCCUAACAUAAGGAGUAAAAUAUUAAAAAUUGAACUUCAGAAAAUCUUAGGGAAUUUUGUAGGUAAGCUUCAAAAAUUGUACCUGAAUGGAACACUCAGCCAGAAAUUUUUAGCCCUAUGAGGCAAUAGAAAAUUCUAUACAGAAAACAGUCAUUGGGUGCCCCUGUAGACUCACCGAAAUUCAAGUUUAACUGGGCUGCCAUUUUUCCUGAGGGGAGGCACAGGCUACAAUAAAACCUUGUCACUGACCAUUGCAUGACAUAGAAUCCAAGGAAAUCUGUGACCGUGAAUUUAUGAAAGCAAUUCUGUAGACAACCAUAUCAAGAGUGAUUAUUUGUUGGAAACCCCCGACAACCUAUGACUAUACAAAAUUACUGUACUGCAUGAAAACGAUAAGUUAAGCAGAACAGACAGCAAACAGCUUUUAAGAGAAAACAACCCACUAUAAAACCCAGGAUACAUGCAGUAGAAAUAUUAAUCCAUAGACGGUAAUCUAUUGUUUAUGGUUGACACGGAAACACAUUUUGCAGAAGAUAAAACUAUUUUUAUGUUUCAAGAUUCUUUCCUUUUAAUUUGUUAUCUUUCCUCAACCUAUUAAAAAGGAAUUAGUUCAUUUGCAAUUUGUGACCUUGAAAAGUUGAAAGAUUCCUCACAGUUUUUUCCAUCAGUCCGGUAUGUCAAAAAAUGUGAAUAGACCAAGUGUCAUAAUGAGAGCCUGUGUCAAAGUGCUGAUGUCAAGAACUUAAAACUUAGAACUUAAACUGAUUUUUGCUCAAGCAAUUUAUCUCAAAGCUCAAAAUUGAUAAGGUUUAGCUGCAGAACAAUUCUAAGACAAGUCUUCUUUAUCCUAAUCCAAAAUUUAGCCCUCCAAAAAAGAGUCUGUUGCAUUAAACAGAAAGAAAUCAAUCUUUAAACAAACUCUGUGAAGAUGGACAAACAUGCUUGAUGGAUCACGCAAUGCUCUGGGUUACUAUUAGGAGUGUGUUCAUUUUUUGACCAAGAAAAUCCCCAGGGGUACUCUGGAUUUCAAAGUGAUGGGAAUGAUCGAAUGGGGGCAUUAAAAAUUAAAACCCAAAAAAAUCCCUGGACCUAAAAUUCACCCUCAAAAAAUCCCAUGCCAAAUUUCUGCAUGAGCCUUAAAAAUUUCCAGAAAACAUUAAAUGGUAUAACACAAAAAUAAGUACAAUUCCCUCCCCAGGGAGGAGGGGUGGGGGGUGGAGAGAAAAUCUACCGAUUUUAUAAAAUGGGCUGCCAGUUAAUUAGGCAAAUUCUCUGGUGGUAAUUCUUCCUUGCACUGUAUAGGCUGGCUAUCUGCCGCAGUUAGGGGUAGUAACACACUUUUGUUCAGGGCAGUAUCAGUAAAUCUCUUGAUCAGUGACACAUUAACAACUGUUUUUGUCCCUGAUAAACCUUGUGUAUGGGGUCUAGUGUGUAAUUGUGGUUGCCAUUGGCAACAAUAGUUUCAUAAGCAUUACUUAAAAUUUUCUUUUUAAAGGUGAUUUUUACAGAUUUAGUUGGGAGGUGCCCUGCAUCUGGAACUUCAGCUACCAUUCACACCUUACCUUUUGGUUCCUAUCAGACAGAUUUACAUGGUUUGCACGUGCCUUGAAAAGUCCUUGAAAAUUGAAAAAUUGUGGGAUAUCCUUGAAAAGUCCUUGAAUUUUCCACAGAUGUCCUUGAAUAUUUUUGAAAGCUCCUUGAAUAAAAAAUAACCUUUGUUAAACAUAAAAUGUUUUGCAUAAAGGAAUGAUUGAAAGUACAGCAAUACACACAUUUUCUUGGUGAUCAUGAAAGUGUUUUCUUAUGAUUUGGGUGUUCCCAGCAUAGUUCAUUUUUCGUUAUUUGAAGUACCCUAGGAACCGUGCCUUAAUGAAGGAAGGUAUUGCAAUAAGUGAACCCCCCUCCAUCUACACAUUUUAUAGGUUUUUACUUCAUGUUAUUGGGGAAAAGAAGUCCUUGAAAAAAUAAUUUUAGUACUUGAAAAGUCCUUGAAAUGUCCUUGAUUUUCUCCCAAAAAAUUCUGUAUGAACCAUGCUUACCUUUUGGUUUCUAUGAGAUAGAUUUAGACCAAUAAAGCUGAAAACAUAAAAAAAAUAAAAUAUAAAAACAAAUAAAAUGAAUAAUAUAAAAUUCAUAAAAUAUGUUUCAAUGCAAAUAUAUCUCAAGUGAAAAUCACUAAUAUAAGCAAUGAGGCCAUCCUCCCAGUCCUCCCUCCUCCCUCUGUUAAUGUUCAAAAAAACAGUAUUGUGCCCCAUUUAAGUACAUUCAGCCCCCUCUCAAAUAAGACUCCUUCAUAAAUGUGCUUAAAAUAAAUAAGUCCCUUGGGGGGCUUAAUAGAGGAUUUACGGUAUUACUGGUACUUAACAUGAUUAUUUAGAUAUAAAUUCUGUGCAAAUGAUCUUCUAAAGAAGUUUCACUAAUGAGUGCUUCCCACAGGACUUCUGCCUACAGAUUUAAUAAUAAUAAUAAUAUAAUAUUUAACAAUAAUAAUAAUAAUAAAAUAUUAAUAAUAAUAAUAAUAAUAAUAAUAUUUACGUGUCAGGAAAUUUAGCUUACAAGCUAAUUGAUGACACAAAAAAAACAAUACAGAAAUAAAAUGCUUAAGAUUAUAAAUAUGUAGGUUUAAUUUAGAUCUAUGAAAUGUAUGAUAAGAAUGUAUUGCUAUUUAUAAGAAUACAAGCUCUAAAAAAAAAAUGAAGAGUGGCAUAAAUAGCAAUUCUGACAGUUAUUAUCAACUAGUUCCGCUCUGUUUAUUUUUCUGUUUCUAGAUCUAAACAUUGUUACAGAUGAGAUAUUUCUAAUUUCUUUCAGAAGUUUAGGCCAUAGGUAUUGUCCAAAAUAUCUGAUCAAAUGUUUACCAUAUCUAAAAGUGUUGAAAUUCAGGAUAUUGUUGUCAGUUCUUAAAUUGUACUUGAGGGACUUAGUUACAAAUAUGUCUCUCAAAUAUGUAGGUAAAAGACCCAUAUGAUAUUUGAACAUAGUUUUUGAACUAUCUUGCAGUCACCUGUUAUAUGAAGUGUGCUGAGAUUGGAAUUCUUUAACAGUUCAUCAUAAGUAACUAUAGAGUGAGAAAUGAUCUUUUGCCAUGUCGUGUUCUACAUGUAGGAUUGAGAAGGUCUUAAAUAUUUAUCUAGGACCUUACGAAACUACAGUGGUGACAGCAAUGGGAAUGUCUAAAACACAAUAGUUUUUUAUUAGCAAAACAAUAACUGCACAUAAUGGAGCACGCUAUUUUGUACAUUUCUUUGCCUACAACAUGAAAUGACCAAAUUUUGAGUUGUCUUGAGAACGGGAAUGGCAAGGCGAUAAAGCUUACUAUCUGUCUCUGAACUCGGACGCGGUUUCCUCUCUUCAGUUCCAACCUAACUACCCUACCUUCAAGUAACUGGGUGACUUGGUAUAAGGGCGGAAAAGUUUCAUAGGAUGCAAAGUCUAUUUUUCAGCAAUGUUUUCACUGGUGUCGCCGUUGUUGGAUUGUAAUGUCCCUAUUAUUCUUAUGAAGACUUGAAGGCCUGCAGUGUUGACAAUAUUAUUUUUGUCUUUUUGGAAAAGAUGAUGUACAGGAUGCAGUCACCUUAAAGCAAACCCUACGGAUGGACCAACUGGGAACUCUGGUACUUGAUGUGUCAGGAUAUCCACAACUUACAUACGAAUGGACUAAGGAUGGACAGAAAGUAACAUUUGGCGGACGAAUAACUCUCAAUCCACAGACUGGAUCAAUCACCUUCAACCCUGUGCGAAUGAUUGAUGAAGGCAAUUACACUUGUGAAGUAAUCUCUACCAAACUUGGUGGCCACACCUUCGACCCUAUAUCUGCUAGAGUCAUAGGUAAGGUCCGGCCACUGUAAGGCUUUUAUUUUUUUUCCACAAUUCAUGAUACAGUGGAAACUCUCGUAAGUAGACAGCCUCAGUUAGAGCUGGUUGCUUAGUAACAUGGCCACUACAUAAAGAGAUGUAAGGGUUAUAUGGCCACCUACAAGAGGUAUUAGAAAUUAUGCAAAAACUGUUUCUUAGGGUCUGGCUAUACUAGCUGUUGUUUUUGAUGAUGUUAAAAUGAAAGUGUUGUCACAGACCUAAAAUUCAAAUGGUCUUUCGAAGUGUAACCUGAUGUGUAUGUGAACCAAAACAAACACUGGAACUGAUAUAAAAUCACUGUGAAGAACAGUCAUUACGUUGAUUUAUUAAAAUACAAGUUUCAGAGGAGAAUGAGAUUUCAUUCUGGUGUCUGCAUACAGGAGCUUAAAAACAAAGCCAAAAUCAAACUUAGCUAGUAAAUCUUGGAAAUGUCGGCAUCUGCUUAUAGGAAUGUAAAAAAUUAUACAAAGUUUUUAUGGGAGUUGCAACAAGGUUUUGUGAAUUUGUGAAGGUGGCCAUAAGUACAGAUGUCCGCUUACGCGAGUCUAUGUUGUGAGAGCUUCCACUCUACAUAACAGUCAAGAAAUUAAAAUAAUAUCAUCAGCCCAUUCAAAAUGUUUUCCAAUAUUGUUGGCAGGAUAACCACUGCAGAGGCAGCUAAGGCCUGUAAAAAAUUGUAAAUAUUAUUUGCAUUUUUGUAAUUUGUUUACCCACGAGGCACUUACAUACAAGUUCUUAUAAGAAUGUAAAAACAUUUUUGUGCAUGAAUGAUGUUUUAUUUCUGUUUCUUUAUUUCAAAUACCUUUUUGUUCUGUACGCCAGAUGCAAUUUUAUUGCGAGUCAUAGCCAGUCAUUUUGCAAAGUGUUAUUUUGGAAAGUAGCAUAAAAUAAUGUGAUCAACCAUGGCUGAAGAAGUAAAAAUCGUAAAUGACUCCAUUGAGAGUUUUAGCAAGUAAAGUGCUCAAAAGGAGGUUAAAAGCCUCCAAUUUAUGGAAUAAAUCUUUAGUCCUUGAAAACUGUAAUUUGUCCCUAAAAAUCCUUGAAAAGUCCUUGAAAUUUGUUUGUCUGAAUCACAGUUGUAUGAGCCAUGUUUGACCGUGGCCAUAUUUGUGGGAGGCAAGUACUCUCAAUGGUCAUUGUACCACCCUUGCUGAGCCUCAACUAAAUUUGUGUGGUUUUUAUUUAUUUAUUUGUCUGUCAUGAAUGGACCUUUUCUAUCAUGAAUAGAUCUUUUUACCGAUACGGUGGCCAUAUUGAAUUAAUUAGAUUUAAGGAGUAUUAUAGGAUGCCCAGGGGGCGUGAGCACAAUUCGAUAUACUUGCUCCUGGGUAGUUACGCGCGCUUGUAGGGCCAAUAUUUCAUUAAGUUUUCUAAGAAAAAGAUUGUAAUGGGAAAAAAAGAUUGUUGUGUCGUGUUUGGAUGUAAUAAUGAUUGUCUUUUUCGCGAGAAAUAUAAAGUGAAGUUCUCUUUUUGCCCAAAAAGCACGUGCAGAUACUGAGCGAGUGCCUUCAUGGGCAUCCCAUAAUACCCCUUAAAUCUAGUAAAUUCAAUAUGGCCGCCAUGUUGGUAAAAAGGUCUAUUGAACACCUUCAGCCCUUAAAAAGAUAAUUAAAAGAACUUGAAAAGCUAGUCUGAUUAAAAAGCACUUUUUUUUACGUAUAUAACAGACAACCCACAAAUCAACAAGUAUGAAGGAGAGCCUGUAAAUCGCAGACUCACAAAAGGUUACAACAACACAUUUCACUGUGAUAUUAAGAAAGGAACGCCCAAGCCGACAGUCACUUGGUACUUUGGGUGGGACGAUACAUUAAAGAAGGUUGAUUCUCAAUACGACAGCCGUUACUCCCAUCCAACAGAAGAAGAGUGGACCAUUACUGGUGUGACCUUGGCAGAUAAAGACAAAUACAGGUGCAUAGCAACUAACGAGGCGGGCAAGGAUUCGCUGAGGUUUGAAAUCACCCAAGUCGAUGGUGAGUUUUUGCUUUGUUACUGCUCGAAGAGAACUAAAGACAGGACUUCUGAUAUCAUGCAAUGGUGCAAUUUGCCUCAAAUCGCAUCUGAUUGCACAAUUUGAGGAAAAUCACAUUAUUGUUAAAAAAUCUUUCCGAAUUGAAGUCCAUUUCAAUCCUGGUUAUCAAAAGCCAAGUCAAUAGUUUAGUCACAGUUAAAGAAGCUAGGAGUAAAUUUCAAACCAAGUAAACUCUUAAAGUUUUAAUAAUUUGGGUGCAUGGAUUCCAAUUUAAGGGCUUUUAUAACACAAUAACAAAAUUGAAUUAUACAACACCAAGGAAUGCAUGUACAGUCCCCUGCAGCUAUCAGUUGCCAACAAUUGGCAAAACUAUUGGUAACAACACAAAGUAACAUAACCUAAAUCACAGCGUGCAAUAACUGAUGAUAAUGUACCAGGUCCAGACAAUCUGCGAGCCAGCAAGACAUGCAAGCCAUGGAAAAAAUAGAGUUUUAUGAAGUUGUAAAAUAAUGCAUGAAAAAUGUUUUUGGCUUAGUUUCGAGGUUUUGCUGAUUGAAUAAUUUGCAGAAUUAUGCAGUAUUGAUCGUCCUUCACUGAUUAGGCUUAAGCACUCAUUUUACUGACUAGGGUUAAGUGCUCCCUUUACUGAUUGGGGUUAAGCGCUGUUUAGGGUUAAAAACUUUUUUUUCAGAUCAGGAUUAAGCACUUUUUUGUGUUUUAAAACACUUAUUUACAACGGUUAGCUUUCGGUUAUUUUUUCUCGUAUAGGCAAAUCUUCGCUGACGCCAUUGUUUACAUUUUUCCUCAUUAGUAUACAACUUAACUCAUAAAAGCCGUGGCCGUAUAUAUGAACUAAAUGCAAAAGUUGAAAGGCCUCCUUAAGUUGAGAAAUUUGUGCAAUUUUCAGCUCUUUGCAAGCAAUAUUGAAGGAAAUAUCAGCCAUCAAAAACUGCGAAAUUGCUGUGUGGAAAAAAGUUAAUGAGAAAAUUUUGGGCGCACAGCUUAUAAUGUUGGGAGCAUCUAUUUCAAAGGAAAAAGUAAAAAGCUUAACAGUGCCAUGUUUAUUUGUCAUCUUCAGUUUCUUACUUUUACUUCAGUCCUGUGAUUGAUAAAACACAGCCGAUUUGCUACACAGUAAUACCGUUGUGAUCUUUAAUACUAGUGUCUCUUUUUGUCAGUACAGUUGUGACUAAAGAAACUUACACUUGAAAAACAAUUCAAAACUGACAACAAAUUAUGAGUGUGUCGAACGAGAAUGAAAAUUAAUCUUUAAUGAAUUUGUUAAAUGCGCAAAUUGGCUUACAUGG